AUGGCCGUGGCAGUGGUAGAUCCCGAGGUGAGCGCACAAGUGCAGGAGCUCUACAAGGACUCGCUCAAGAAGGCCAAGUCGUGUCUGAAAAAGGGCGACGUGGACGGGAGCGUGCAGCUCAUGAUCGAGUUCUUCGAACAUACGGAUCUCCUCGCGGAAUACUUUCACCACCGCUCAGUCGAAGAAGUCAGCGAAGAAAUGCUCGAUCGCCUCGAACAAGCCCAGAGCGCCCUCGCUUCCGUCUUCGCCGAGUACCCAGAUCGCGCUAAACUGUUCCUCACCAGACUCCGAGAAAUUGUCGACAUUGAGUUCGACGCAUUCAAGGCCAUGAAAGAACAACAGGCGUGA